UAGAGGAGAAGAGAGGAGAGCCUGAGUCUGAGUUAACAUUGGCCGCAUUGUUUUCCUGUAUUUUAUACCUCCCUGUGUCCUGUGUUCAGAGCAGGAAGGCAGGGGGAGAGAUGAGGAGCUGCUUUCCACAGGAGCACUGUUGAGGCUGCCUCCCUGCCUGCCUGCCUGCCUGCCUGCCUGGCUGCCUGGUUGGCUGGCUGUGCUGCCGGGGAACCCAUCCAUGUCCUUCCCUUUGUCUCUCCAUAAUUGGCCACGGCAGGUUUUCACAGCCAGAGAGGAGGAAAGCGACGUGGAGAUCUGAAAAAGAGGAGAAGAGAAGAAAGGAAGACAGGAGAGAAAAGAAGAAGGAAGGGAGGGAGAGCCUUGUGACAAUGUUUUGAAGAGGAGACAAAGCAAGAAAGCAGAGAGUGUGCUCGGCCACAGGUUCAUAACAGAGUGCUGGAAGGGAUUUGAUGUAUAUUUCCUCAUAUUGUCACUGACAUUGGUGUCUUUUCAUCCACAACGCUCACAGUUUACCUCCAAGACUUUUUCUUUGUCAUGCAGAGGGAAGACACAGAGGAAUAUUUUGAUUUAUUUCUCUAACACAUUUACAGGAGUCUUAAUGUCAAUUAAAGUGGAUGUUUGUAUGGUAUUUUUUGAUAGCAAAUCAUCGCUGCUGGCUGAAUAAUCACUGUUCAGUUGAGCAGCUGCUUGUUAGGCUGAUGUCUUCUUGAGGAACUGGAAGUCUCUCAUCAGGUCUGCUUACUCAAGACCACAAGGAUUGAACUCAGUGCCCAUCCUCUCUGCCAACUAUCAGGACUGGUCUGAACUGAAAAGCCACAACUGAUCCUUUUCAUUUCCAGAAACAAACUUCAGAAAAGUUGCGGAAACCAGAGUUUGUGACCUCUACAACUUUCUGGCUUUGCCAUCUGAGCAUCUGCACAUUUGAUGCAUUCUGUCCAAUGGUGUUACGGGUGUCUGUGUGACCUUGGACUGCAGAACGCCAACCCUUACUGCAAGAUGACAUCUGAAGAGCUCUUCCACCUGCCGCUCAACAUCUACAUCAUCAUCCUGGGCAUUGGCCUCUUCAUCCUCAUGCUCAGCCUCAUCUUCUGCUGCUACCUGUUCAGACUGAGGCGACAAGGGGCAAGAGAACAGUAUGGGUACAACGAGGUUGUUUUGAAAGGAGCGGGGAAGAAACUGAGCCUUCUUGGUCAAACAUGUGCAGUGUGUUUAGAGGAGUUUCGCACCAGGGACGAGCUCGGAGUGUGUCCAUGUUCCCAUGCUUUUCACAAGAAGUGUUUGCUAAAAUGGUUAGAAAUCCGCAGAGUGUGCCCCAUGUGCAACAAGCCCAUCUGUCGCCUCCAGCCUGACCCCCCACAAGCGUCCGAGCGGCCUCAGAGUCUCCUGGAGGUCUGAGAGGGGGAACGUACGUCCAGCAGCACCUCACGCUCUCCACUCAGUUGACACCCGUCACUAUAGAGGCUCCUGUUACACGGUCCAACAGUCUGUAGUGUUAGUAACAUGUUUUGAGGCAGAGCUACUCUGGAAAUAGAAAUGUUAUAAACCGUAAGUACUGAGCCAAUGAACCUACCUGGAAAACAAUAUGGAGGUGGUAACAGUAGUGACUUUCACUAACACUUGACAUGGAGUUCAUGAUGAUGGAUUAAGGCUAUUUUCAGUACAUAGCUAGGUUAUGCUAAUGCCCAAGUGCCUUAAAGCUGCAGCUCCCCUGAAGGCCACUUAAAUCAAAUCAGACUGGCUCAUCAAGGUUGGUUGUCAGCCUGCUAAUUCAUCUGUAUAUGUGUGUAUUUAAAACGGUGUUAUUAAGAGGUCAAUAGCUUAAGGAGAGCUGUGUUUGCUCAGCUGACAGGUUCUGUCAUUUUAUUUGAUUAUCUGACUUAAUUUUUGUUUUAAUAUUAAAGGAGAACAAACCAAAAGAACUCACUAUACACUGCCCUCAGCAAUUUUCAUAAUGGAAUGAAAAAUAUAGCGUCUAUAUCAUAUACAUUACUUUUUUUGCUUUGCUGAAUGUAAACAUACCUGUGUACACCUGACUACACCUGUCAGUAAUGGCACAAAAUGAUGAUGGUUCAUAAGUGUUGGGAAUAGUGAAUGAGCUUUAUGGCUCACCACCAUCUUGGCGGUGAGCCAUAAAGCUAAACUCCAAGCAUCAAAAGGCUCCCACUCAGUCCAGAUCAGAUGUCCAUAUUUUACUUGUCUUAUUCUUUUUUGCUCGUCGUUUUCAUCAUUUGAUCAUCCAUCAUGCAGAAACGUUGCUGCAGUUAAAAAAGUCUGUGACAUCAACACAACCAUUAACGCUUCAGCAUUUAUCUCAAUUAUCAAAAUCACAGCAUCAUCACCAGCAGUAUGUUUUAUUGUUAGGAUCAUCAUCAGACUGUGGAGACCAGGAAACUAUCCCUUUGGAGACACCUGGUUUUCUGUCAUAAAAUCUGACCUGAUCUUCAUCUCCUUCACAAGCGUAGACAAACACAAUGCGCUUAAGAUAAUAACACACAAUUACAACAUCUUGUGUCUUUAUUGAACCACACCCAUUUAACAUUCACAGUGCUGGUGGAAAAAGCAAGUGAACCAUCGUAUUUAAUUAGUGGUCGAUCCUCCUUUAGCAGGAAUAACCUCAAACAAGCUGAUGCUGAUCAGACCUGCACAAUGUUCAGGAGCAAUUUUGGACUAUUCUUCCUACAGCACUACUUCAGCUCGGACAUAUUAGGAUGUCUGAGUUAUGUAUUAGGACGUAUUGGAUGAAUGUCUGGGCUCUGAUUGGACCACUCAAGAAGGUGGAUUUUCUUCAUUUGAAGUCAUUCUGUAGUAGGUUUACUUUAGGGUCAUUGUCCUGCUGCAUCACAGCUUCUCCUGAGCUUCAGCAGGUGGACACACACCCUGGCAUCAGUCCUGUAUGACACCUUGAUAAAGUUGGGAAUUCAUUUUCCCCUGGAUGAUGUUGAGCUGUUCCAGCCAAGAGGCAGCAAAGCUCCAGAUCAUGAUGCUCCCCCCACCCUGCUUCACCUUUUGGAUGAUGUUUUAGACAGUUGACAGUUUGUGAAAACAUGGACUGAUGAAUAUCCAAACCCUUUUUAACCCUUCAGCUUCAUGCAAAUCAACAAUUCUUGAUUCUAAAUCUUCUGAGAUCUAUUUUGUGUGUGGCUCACAUCAGCAGAGGUUUCUUGUGAACAGCAAAUUCAAAAUGUGUUGUUAUAUAUAUAUAUUGUUAUCGUGUUUUUAUAAGUGAAAGUUUCUCUAACCCACACCUCAAAUCUGGUUUCAUUGACACCUGACUCCAACUAGUGUUUUGAUGCCAUUAGCCGAGAGGUUCACUAUUUUUUCCAGCUACACUGUGAAUGCUUGAAUGAUGUUUUCAAUAUGGACAAGAACAACACGGUGAUUUGUAUGUUAUUAGUUAAUAUAAAUUGUGUUUGUUCAUAAUUGUAACUUAGAUGAAGACCUGAUUAUAUGUUAAUACAAAUUUAUACAUAAGUGCAGGUAAUUUUAAACGCUUCACUUACUUUUUCUUGCCACUGUAUUCAAGGGGCAAAUAGAGUCAGAUAAUAAUAUACUUACAGCUUUACCAAGGGUUAUUCUGUACAGUUAUGUCGGGCCCUCAGUAUUUUGGGGGAUGUUGAUGUGUAGUGUCACUUCUGUAACUCAACUAAUGAGAUUAUUUCUGCCUUCAGAGCAGCUCUGCCUCUGAGUAAUAUUUGUAUGGCAGCUUUUUUUUUUUUCAGUUUGCCCCUUGAUUAUAUGCAGCUCCAUAUGAAUAUGUCUUGGACUUUAACCACCACAUAAGUACCUGGAGCUUGGAAAGACGAAGAUUUCAACCACCAGAAAACACCAGCUUUGAAGAUAUCAGAACCUCCUUUGGCUCGACGAUGCCCCAAAGAGACUCAACCGAUAAGAUAACACAUAUAUAAAUAUAUACAUGGUUUUUAAGUUAUUUUUAAGGAACUGUUUUGUAUCAUAACUGGCUUUCAAUAAAGGGUGUAGUA